AUGGCAGACUCAACACCCUACCCCCUCACAAACCCUCCCACCGACCUCUCAGCAAUCUCCCAAAUCGACUCUUCAAUCCUCUUCCCCACCUUCACAACCACCGAUGCCUGGACCUUAGGCUGCUUGCUCCGUUCCCGGCUAUCCACAUUCGCCUCUCCCACCGUGGUUUCAAUCACCCUCGCAAACAGCACUCCCUUAUUCUACACCGCUGUGCGCAGUGGAAUCACUCCCGACAACAGCACCUGGGUAGCAAGAAAGAGCGCCACUGUACUCAGAUUCGGCACUUCCACUUGGUAUAUGCACAACAAGUUUGCCGGUGAUGAAAAGGCUUUUGCCGAGAAAUACUGUUUGCAGGAUAAGGCUAAGGAGUUUGCUAUUCAUGGUGGUGGCUUCCCUGUUAGGGUCAAGGGAGUCGAGGGUGUUGUGGCUGUUAUUGUCGUCAGUGGAUUGAAGCAGCAGCAAGAUCAUCAGAUUAUUGUCCAGACUUGCAGGGACUUUUUGGAUGGUGUCGGCGAGGGUGAGGAGAAGAGAAAGGAAGAUUAA